AUGACCGAGACAGAUAAACGCGACUAUUCCGAAACGCUCAACUUGCCGAAGACCGAUUUCCCGAUGCGGGCGGGCCUUCCCAAGAAGGAACCUGAAAUCCUCGCAAGGUGGGAAAAGCUUGAUAUCUACAACAAAUUGCGCGCGCAGGGUGCGACCCGCGACAAAUUCGUGCUGCAUGACGGCCCCCCCUAUGCCAACGGCAACAUCCACAUCGGGCAUGCACUCAACAAGACGUUGAAGGACAUUGUCACCCGCUCGAUGCAGAUGAUGGGUUUCGAGAGCAAUUAUGUUCCUGGCUGGGAUUGCCACGGCCUGCCGAUCGAAUGGAAAAUCGAGGAACAGUACCGCGCCAAGGGCAAAAACAAGGACGAGGUUCCGAUCAACGAAUUCCGCAAGGAAUGCCGCGAAUUCGCCGAACACUGGAUCGAUGUACAGCGCAAGGAAUUCAAGCGCCUCGGUAUUGAGGGGGACUGGGACAACCCCUAUCUUACCAUGCGCUUUGAGAGCGAGGCGGUCAUCGCCCAGGAGCUGAUGAAAUUCGCCAUGUCCGGGCAGCUUUAUCGCGGCUCCAAGCCGGUCAUGUGGUCGGUUGUCGAAAAGACGGCACUCGCGGAAGCAGAAAUCGAGUAUCAGGAUCACAAGUCCGACAUGAUCUGGGUGAAAUUUCCAGUCGUGACCGCCGGUGGCAGUGAUCAGGCCGCCGUGGAGCAAUUGCUCGAUGCGUCCCUGGUCAUCUGGACAACCACGCCCUGGACCAUUCCCGGAAACCGGGCGAUCUGUUUUUCUUCGCGUAUUGCCUACAGUCUGUUUGAAGUCACGCAGGAUGGCCUGCCGGACGAAAACUGGGUGCAGAAAGGCGAUCUCCUGAUCCUUGCCGAUGCUCUGGCGGCAGACGUCUUCAAGAACGCCCGCAUUUCAGACUUCAAUCGUGUUCGUGCCGUAACCGCAGACGAACUUGAGGCAAUCACCUGUGCACACCCUCUCGCCGACCUCGGCCUCGGCGGCUACGAAUUCGAUGUGCCCGUGCUGGAUGGUGAUCACGUAACCGAUGAUGCAGGUACGGGCUUUGUCCACACUGCCCCCGGCCACGGCUCGGACGAUUUUGAAAUCUGGAUGGAUAAACGCGCCGAACUGGAUGCGCGCGGUAUCAAUACCGCCAUCCCGUUCACGGUUGCCGAUGACGGAUUUUACACCAAGGAUGCUCCGGGCUUUGAAGGUGCCGAGGUCAUCACCCACAAGGGUGAAAAGGGCAAAGCCAACAAGGUGGUCAUCGAAAAGCUGAAGGAAAGCGGAAAUCUGAUCGGCCUUGGCAGACUGAACCACUCCUAUCCGCAUUCCUGGCGCUCGAAGAAACCGGUGAUCUUCCGCAACACCCCGCAGUGGUUCGUCUACAUGGACAAGACCUUGUCCGGUGAAGGAGACACGUUGCGCACGCGCGCUCUCAACGCGAUCGACGAGACCCGCUUCGUGCCGGGAAGCGGUCAGAACCGGUUACGCUCGAUGAUCGAGAACCGUCCGGACUGGGUCCUGUCCCGCCAACGCGCAUGGGGUGUUCCGAUUACCGUGUUCAUCCACAAGGAGACGUCUGACGUUCUGAAGGAUGAGGCAGUCAACGCGCGCAUUUACGAAGCCUUUUGCGAUGAAGGUGCCGAUGCAUGGUACGCGGAAGGUGCCAAGGAGCGUUUCCUCGGGAAUGACUAUCUGGCCGAUGACUGGGACAUGGUCACCGAUAUUCUCGAUGUGUGGUUCGAUUCCGGUUCCACCCAUGCCUUCGUCCUGGAAAAACGGGACGAUCUCAACCCGACCCGCAAGAAGGACGGCGGAAAAGACUAUGUUCUUUAUCUUGAAGGGUCGGACCAGCAUCGCGGCUGGUUCCAUUCCUCGCUGCUGGAGAGUUGCGGCACGCGCGGUACGGCGCCCUAUGACGCUGUCCUGACACACGGCUUCACCAUGGCCGAAGAUGGCCGCAAGAUGUCCAAGUCACUCAACAACCAGGUGUUCCCUCAGGAUAUCAUCAAGCAGUACGGGGCCGACAUCCUGCGUCUUUGGGUGGCGUCGACAGACUAUUGGGAAGACCAGCGUCUCGGCCAGGAAAUCAUCAAGACAAACGUCGACAGCUAUCGCAAGCUGCGCAACACGCUGCGCUGGAUGCUCGGAUCCCUUGCUCAUGCAACCGGCGAAGAGGUCUCGAUCGCCGACAUGCCUGAACUCGAAAGGCUGAUGCUGCAUCGUCUUGCCGAGUUGGACGCCCUGGUUCGUGAAGCCUAUUGGGAGUUCGACUACAAGAAGGUGACCCACCAGCUCUUCACCUUCAUGACCGUCGAAUUGUCCGCCUUCUAUUUCGAUAUCCGCAAGGACACGCUUUAUUGCGAUGCCGAAUCUUCUGCUCGCCGCAAGGCGUCGCUCUUCGUCAUCGACAAGCUGUUCAACUGCCUGGUCACCUGGAUGGCGCCGAUGCUGCCGUUCACAAUGGACGAAACCUGGGUUACCCGUUACGGGGAAGAGACCUCGGUUCAUCUUGAGCAAUUCCCGGUCGUUCCCGCAGAAUGGCGAGAUGAAGAUCUGGCUGCCAAAUGGGCGAAGAUCAGAACGGUUCGCCGCGUGAUCACCGGUGCUCUUGAAAUUGAACGCAGGGAAAAGCGGAUCGGUUCGUCACUGGAGGCACACCCGGUCGUACAUGUGACCGAUCCGGAUCUGAUGGCCGCGCUUGAGGGGCAGAACAUGGCUGAUAUUGCCAUCACCAGCCAGUUGACGUUGUCUUCCGGCGCUGCGCCGAACGGUGCCUUCACACUUGAAGACACAAAGGGCGUAGCGGUUGUGCCGGCUCUGGCAGAAGGCCAGAAAUGCGCUAGAUCCUGGAAGAUCCUGCCUGAAGUCGGGACUGAUCGGGACUAUCCGGAUGUCACAUUGCGCGACGCCGCAGUGAGCAAACUCUGGCUGCUUUAUGGCUUCGAGCUUGGAACGAAUGGCCCUGUAGAGCUAUUCCCGGUGCUGGAAUUCGUGCUGGUCUGGAACCGGGGUGUCUCCUAUGGCCUGUUUCAACAGGACGGCGAUACAGGUCGCUGGCUGCUGGCCGGACUGACGGUUGCCAUAACCAUCGGUCUUUGGAUCUGGUCGGCGCGCUGCCAGACAAAACUGGUCGCCUUCGCACUCGCGCUGGUCAUAGGCGGUGCGAUCGGCAAUGGAAUAGAUCGAAUCGCAUACGGUGCCGUAGUUGAUUUUGUGCAUUUUCACGUUGGCACAUUCUCCUGGUACGUCUUCAACCUCGCAGAUGUGUGGAUCGUUGCAGGCGUCGCCGCUCUCCUGUAUGCGGCCGACGGAACAUCGCAGGCGCCGGAUGUGGCACUGGUGAAUUCCCUCAUGAGCGGGCUCGGCGCUGUCGAUCCGAACGCAAAGCCCAUCGAUUACAAACCCCGCGCUCCGCUUGCCAUGCCUGCCGAACCGGGAAAGCUUCCGGAACCGGAAACCGAAGUUGCCGGAACCGAUGCCCAGAACUGGCCGCAGCAACAGGAAAAUGCUCAAUACCGGGAACUGAAGGAGCUCUACGCAGAUACCGGCGGGCUCAACAAGCAACCCUUGACACCUGAGCAAAUGCGCGGCUUCAAGAUCACGGGUGUGACCGGCCAGACGACACGAGACCUGGAAGCCGAGCGCCGCGACAACGAUAUUGCCGAAGGCGAAGUUCAAACACGCGCGCAGCAGCGCGAAGAGUGGGAAAAGCUUCAGCAACUCAAGGCACAGCAGGCCGGUCUGGAAGAUAAUGGUAUUGCGACACGCCGCUUCCUGACCGAACCGCCAAGCAGCUACAGCACGCCGUCCCCGGACGCGCCGAUGCCGGACAUUGUUGCUGCAGACUCGCUCCUGACGAGCGAUAUCGUCAUAGCACCCAAUCUGGAGAGUUUCACGCUGGAGAACGGCCUCCAGGUCAUCGUGAUACCUGACCGCCGGGCCCCGGUCGCCACGCACAUGAUCUGGUACAAGGUCGGAUCGGCAGAUGAACCAGAGGGGCAGUCAGGCGUGGCACACUUUCUUGAACACCUGAUGUUCAAGGGGACAAAAGCAUACCCUGACGGCGCUUUUUCGAAAAUGAUCGCGGAGCGAGGUGGUCAGGAAAACGCCUUCACGAGCCUGGACUACACGGCCUAUUUCCAGAAGGUCGCAAAAGAACACCUGCCGCUGAUGAUGAAGCUUGAGGCGGACCGCAUGGAGAACCUGGUGCUGACCGAAGAGAUCGUCGCGCCGGAACGUGAUGUCGUGCUUGAAGAACGCAGAAGCCGUGUGGACAGCGAGCCCGGUUCGCGCCUGCGCGAAGCCAUGAACGCCAUCACAUUCGUCAACCAUCCGUAUGGGUCACCCGUGAUCGGCUGGGAGAGCGAAAUCGAAGCCCUGAACAAGGAUGCCGCGAUAGAUUUUUAUGACCGGUUCUACACACCGAACAACGCGGUGGUCGUGAUCGCCGGUGACGUCGACGUUGAAAAGAUCCGGGAACUUGCAAUCGAAACCUAUGGCAAGGUCGCAAGGCGUGCGGAACCCGGCGAACGUGUGAGACCUUUGGAACCACCACUCUCCGGAGAACGCCGGAUUGCGGUUUCUGAUCCAAGGGUCCGCCAGGAAACCAUUUCGCAGACCUGGGUCGUUCCCAGCCAGUCGACGGGACAGGGACGGACGCCGGAGGCGCUCGAUGUCCUGUCGUAUAUUCUGGGAGAAGGCCCUUCGAGCCGGUUGCACAAGGCCCUCGUUCUCGGCCAGGAAGCUGCCAUCGGAGCAGGAGCCUAUUACCAGAGCCGAGCGCUGAAUGACGGCAGGUUCGGAGUUUAUGCCGCCCCUCGCCCGGGUAAGACCCUUGAAGAAAUGGAGCGCCUGAUAGCAGCGGAGCUGCAGAAGGUCAUCGAAACAGGCGUCUCCGAAGAAGAAGUGGCGCGUGCCAAAAACAGCAUGCUUGCAAGCGCGAUCUACGCCCAGGACAGCCAGUCAGGACUCGCCAGGCUGUUCGGUGGUGCACUGGCCACCGGCCAGACGGUGGAAGAUGUCCAAAGCUGGCCGGCACAGAUAAGUGCCGUUACGCCUGCGGAUGUUCUGGAGGCCGCGCGGUCCUACCUGACAAAAAUCCCGGUUUACGGGGAAUUGCGGAUCGAAAGCGGGACAGAACCCGCAGCCGCCCUGACCAAUGCAACAGAAGUCAACGACAAGUCCUGA